UGAUUAUUAUAAAGCAGAAGCCGAGAAUGGUUUUGUCUACGGAACGAAGUUGAGUCCAUGGCUUCUUGCUACUAUUCCCUGCUGUUGCUGGCCCUGCUCUCCCAAGCAGUCGCGGCAAAGCUCAGUCAAGACUUCUACUCCUGCAGCUGCCCCAAAUUGCUACCCAUAGUGCGCAAAGGCGUCGCUCGAGCCAUCAAGAAUGAAGCUCGCAUGGGAGCCUCCUUGCUUCGUCUGCAUUUCCACGACUGCUUUGUCAACGGGUGUGAUGCGUCAAUACUGUUGGAUGAUACAAGCAACUUCAUAGGAGAGAAGACGGCGGCGGCGAACAACAAUUCAGCCAGAGGAUUCAACGUCAUUGACGACAUUAAAGCGGAGGUGGAGAAAGCUUGUCCCGGAGUGGUGUCCUGCGCUGAUAUUCUUACUCUGGCUGCUCGUGACUCCGUCGUUCAGCUGGGGGGGCCUUCCUGGGAAGUGCCCUUGGGAAGAAGAGACUCCACCACCGCCAGCAGACUCGCCGCCAAUAACUCCAUUCCCGCCCCCUCCUUCAAUCUAACGACUCUUAAAUCCAAUUUCGCCAGCCACGGCCUCUCUGUCAAGAACUUGGUCGCUCUCUCAGGCGGACAUACUAUAGGGCUGGCCAGAUGCGUACAAUUCCGAUCACACAUCUACAACGACUCCAGCAUCGACGCCUCUUUUGCCAAGUCUCUGCAGCGCAAGUGCCCCAGGGGUGGGAAUGAUGAUGUGCUGGCACCCCUUGACUUCCAGACUCCCACCCAUUUUGAUAAUCUCUAUUUCAAGCAUUUGCUCCUGAAGAAGGCUCUUCUCCAUUCCGACCAGGAGCUCUUCAACGGCAGCUCUUCCACCGACAAGUUGGUCACCAAAUAUGCUUCCCAAAAUGACGCCUUCUUCAAGGACUUUGCAAAGGCCAUGAUAAGGAUGAGCAGAAUCAAACCUCUCACCGGAACUAAGGGGCAGAUCAGGAUCAAUUGCAGAAAAGUCAAUUAGAAACCAUCCUAAAGUACCGGGUCUCCAUGUCUCUCCAAUUGCCCAUCUUUCCACCCGCUAUCAUGUCUUGUAAUUUGCUAAUGUCUCCCACUGUUAUGCGACCCCGUUUGUCAACAGACGAGUAUGCUUUUACGUGUCCAUGCUCACUGGUAAUUACUCCUCUUUACACGGGAUUACCGGAACCAGCAAGCUAUGUGUGUCCACUACCCACUGCACCACGGGACGUAAUAAUACAAGCCUUUAUUAUGUGA